CCUGUUAGAAUAAGUCAAGACAAUAUCUUGGAAAGUUGAAUUCAUAGUUAGGAUAGUUUUGAAAAUACUGAUAGUUGGAAUUAUUUAGAGGAUACUGAUGAUAGUUGUGAUAAUUUUUAUCAACUGUUGAUGAGAACAAGAGGUUACUCAAAUCAAGAGUAGCAGCAAGAGUUUGUUCCACACUAGAGCAGGCUCUACAGCCUCCACCUCUCAAAUUAGGUUGUAUAUCCCUUUCAUUAUUACUACUUUUUACUGUUAAUAAGUUGCUUUUCAAUACACUUUUGUAGUUUUGUUGGUGCCUUGCUUGCUUGUGUCUGUUGAAAUCGUUAACGGAAAACAGAGAUUCCGAUGGAACACCCCACGGCGGUUCGGGGAAGCGGCGGCGUCCUUUUCGAAGGCCUCUAUAGAGUCGUCAUGCGCCGCACCUCUUGUCUAUGUCACCGUGCCGGUGCUUUUCUCGGCGAACGGGCGGUGGGAUUAAGAAGCUCUGGGAGAAAAACAAUGUUGGGAAACGUUACGAAGAUAUUCCAGUUUUGGGACAGAGGCCAACGGAAUGAACUGCGCCAGAGUGCACAUUUCAAAUUGCUAGUUUAUUAAUAAACAUCUCAUUAGUGUGCGCCAUGCAAGCCAUGAGACUAUUUUUUUUCUUCUCGUGAAAUAUUUUGUAUUCAUAAUUACUCUUUGAAGUAUUGCUCUGAAAUUACAAUUGGAAUAUAUUCCCGCGUCUGUCUUUUUCUUUUUAAAAAAAUCCAUGCCCCAAGUUAGCAGCACUGCAUGUGAUCUGGAUCAACGAGCUAUGCUUUGCCUGGAUAUUGCUAUCAACCAAUUAUGUUCUUGAGCUAUAAAUAUAUUGGUGCCGU